AGUGCUUUUUCAGUGAAUCGAAAGCGGUCCCGAGGGCGUGUGAGAGAACUCGUGAAAUCUUGCGUUAAAUGGAGCUGUAAGCUAGUGGACUCCGCGUGUGGUGAACUGACAAUCAGUUGGCCUGGUUCGAGGCCAUCGCAUGUCGGGACAGGAAGCCGUGAAUUAGCCAAAGAAAAAAAAAGCAAAAAAAAGAAAAACAUUGCCAGACUUCUUGUGAAAAAAAAAGUUUAGUGAACGCAAGCGAACAUGUCUGACAAGCACAACUCGUCGUGGAAGAUGAAGAAGAAGCACUGGUUCUUGCUUCUUUUUCUGUACAUCGUGUAUCUCUUGAUCGGGGCCGCUGUCUUCAUGAUCAUGGAGUCGAAGCGCGAACAGAAGACUAGGGAGGAUUUGCUGAAACUGCGGAUCGAGGUCAACGAAUUUUUGCACAGUGAUAUAUGUGCAAAUUCGACCGGUGAACUGAUAGACCUGAUCGUCGAAAUAUCGAAAGCGUCCGGGAUUGAAUUCUAUCGAGAGCACAUUUCUGCCAACUCGACGUCCGAGGAAGAAGACCCUUGGGUCUGGAGCUACUACAACUCUUUCUUCUUCGCCUUCACGGUCAUCACGACGAUUGGCUACGGUCACAUGGCCCCAGGCACUUGGCAGGGUCGUGUAUUCACGAUAUUCUAUGCCCUCAUCGGCAUUCCGCUCAACGGUAUUUUGCUCGCCACCCUCGGGGAGUUCUUUGCGGCUGUGCUGGUCGACGUGCAUAAAAAGUCGAAGUUCGAGAAGCCCACGCAGAACAAGAAAAAAAAGUGGCUGACGUCACCAAGAAAAAUAUCUUUGUGGACCGAAGUGCUUUUUUACCUGAUCCCGGGUUUCAUCAUCUUUAUAUUCAUUCCGGCUGUUGGAUUUGUUGUGUUGGAGGACUGGACCUUCGUUGAAGGAGUUUAUUACGCGUUCGUGACGUUGACGACCAUCGGCUUCGGUGAUCUCGUUGCACGGGGUCGGAAAGUUGGAGGCUGGAUCUGGAUGUACAAUGCCUUCGUCAUCGCCUGGAUCAUGUUCGGGCUGGGUUACUUGAUAAUGAUCCUGAGCUUCAUCGGACGGGCUUAUCAGAGCAAGAGACUCAUUUCUUUUGAGAAGAAGUUCCGCCAAGGCCUGAAAUCCACGACUCAGAAAAUCAGCCAAGGUGUGACUCGCGAAGCGAAAGAUUUCCGUCGUCUAAUCAACACAAUUCAGAUGCUCAAAGUCAAGCCCGUGUAUGCGAACCACGGUGACAGACGUGCGAACGCAUUGGAGCAUGAUCUUUCGGGCGACCAAGGACGACCUCGGAGCAAAUCUGCUUCAGCUGGUCGGCUUCUAGACGACGAGAAAAUUAAACAGCAACAGGGCAAUCUGCAACGAGGUCACAGCAGCAGGCGCCGCAAGUCGGACGCGGAGCUCAUCGACAUCGACAAAGUGAAAACUUUUGAGAACUAUCAAACCAUGGAGGCGGAACAACCCGUCCACGUUCUUCUCCACCUCGCUUCCACUCUGGUCCACGGGGACUCGGACAUGGACGCCCGGAAUCGGGAAAUUUCCCGCCGACCAACUCCGGAAAUCCGGGCUGUGGACGUGGAGACUGGGCAACGGCUGGACGAUAGUUUCGGCGAAGAUGACCAAGAAACCCUGGGAUUGUGGUCGGAUAAGCCGAAGACCGGGACCGGGUUGCAGCUCGUCAAAGCGCUCGCCACUCGCAUAGCGUCUGAAGACGACAACCCUACCUGUCACUGCUCGUUACCAGUCAGGGCUUCCAGUCGGGCUUCAAAUGUUUCACAGGGUGAACAUUACGACAUGGACGACCACCACGAUCAUGUCGGCGAAGCGAAAAUGCGAUCAAAUGUCACUCUCCAUGACUUGCUGUCCGCCACAAACAUAAUUAUGGAAGCCGAUGCAUCCGUGUGGGAGCGGAAGGUGAAGGAGAAAACUUUGAAAGCAUCAGCAACGACGCUGUCUCCAUUCCACGCGGACACCAGGGAUUCGAUCGCUCGCCAAGUGCAUCGCCUCACUUCCAUGGCGCAUUUCCCUUAUUCGCGCUGCUCGCACAAGAGCAGCAUCUGGAAAUGCGGCCUGACGACUGAAGAAGCGUCUGAGCAGAAGGCGAAACGAGCGGCGUUUCAUCUGGCCUCGGGCCAGAGUGCCGAACGCAUGCAGCCGGAGCCCCAGGCCAGUCCGAGCUGUCCCAGGCAUAGAAUUUUGCGCAGCAUCAGCGAACCCUCGGGGCAUCGGACACGGGUUCGUCAGUCUUCAGUCGGGAUCGACGACGUUCCCGAGAUUGACGACGAGCGUCACCCGCGGGUCUCUUUUCAAAUCGCGAACCCGUGAUCCCUGGUGUGAUGACGAGACCGAGUGAGUCGGUCCCUCAAGUGCGCUUCCAUUACCCCAUUCCGGGAUCAAACCUGAACUAUUCCGCCGUUGGCAGACUUCGUAUACUCUCAAGUCAACCGGUCCUAUUUGGGCCUCGACGCUUUCAGGGCUCACGAUCAACCUUGCAGGGUAUUCCGACGAAGUUUGAAGUAGCAGUCCAAUGCUGGAGGUCUUGAGAUGACGGUUGAUGGGUACAAAUGCUCCUUUUUUUACGAUUUCUGGCGAGCGCUGUGCUUCAAUCACCCAACAGACCCAUGAACAGUGAGAAUGCAUCACAGGUUUUUUUUUUGUUGCAAAAAAUUGCAUUGGAAUGAAAUCGUGUAUAUCCCUUCGUACCCUUGCUGGUAGAUGCUAAUGACUGAGAGCCAAUCUACUUGCAAUGAGAACGAAUUAGAUAAUUCUAAUUAUCUAAGUAAUUAAGCCUUGUAUCAGUUAUUUUGAACUGAAGAAAUUAAUUUUAACAUGAAGCUCGAAUAAGAACUUGAAAUGUAAAACUGAGGAAGACUUGACGAGGAAUAGUCUUGACUAUAUAGAUGAGAAUGAUCAUAGAAAAUUAAAUUUGUUUCUUUCAUUACAGCUGUUCUCAAUUCACUUUAGGAAGUCAAAAGCGUAAGCGGUGCAAUUUGUGUUAGUCAUCUUGUUGGUACUCUAUUGGUGCAUGAGAUAAUACGUCAUUUUGAAGAGUAUAGGUUUGCAUUACUCGUAUAACUAACGACUAACGAAACCUCACUUGAAAAAGAGCGUGAUACCUCGAGGUGCUGACUUACAGUCAGGUUCGAGAUACGAUUCCUGCCCGUAUGUCAUUAUAUCUAGCAAUCAGACGGUGUCAUCCAGCAAUCGAAAAGAUCGGGAAUUUUCAGUUUUGUUUCGACUGUUACCAAAGCACCGGUAGAUUUUUGUGAAAAGGAAAAUCAGCGGCAGGGGUAAGAAAAAAAAGAGAUCAAAAUACUACUCUUACGUUGUACCCGUGUCUCUAGUCACUUCGGUGAACCGCUGAAGAUGAAUGAAUUUCGAGGGGACGUGACCAUAAUCAAUGGUUAAUAUUAGUGAAUGUGUCAGACAUGGGCAUGAGCUGCUCCGUGAGUAAGUAGCUCUGUUAUUUAUGCCAUGCAUGGUCGGGACAUUUUCAUUGCCACCGGUGACUUCCUGUCAACUAUGUUGACGUUUGCUUGUGUUUUUAUUAUGCUAUCAUUACAAAAUAUUAUAUUUUUCUUGGAAUGAUUUCCAUAUCUCUGUUAGGCAACAGAACAAGAGACGAGACGACACACGGAAUCAAUUUCGAAUUGACGCAAAACCUGAGUGUCCUCAAUUGUUGACGAUAAAAUCAUUAAAAACUGUAAAUGGAAUGAAAAUAUAGUCUUCUGCGAUUUUUGAAUCGAGAUCCGAUAGCUUCAAAACUUUAAAAUAUGAUUUGAAGGGGCCUGAAUUUUGGGGAAAUUUGAAUAAUUGUACUGUGUACUGUACCAGGUUUUGUGCUUUUCUGAGGGGUUAAUUAAACUGCCAUUAUUUGGAAGUCAUUUUUGUUUGUUCGGGGACGAUAUCGUUUGUAAGUUUACGAUACCGUACCUCCAAAUAUAUUUUUUUCGAUCGGGUGUUCUGCAAUGGAAUGGUUUUAGGUAAGAGAGGCAUUUUUGUUUGAGCAUUCCUGGCGUUGAAUCUGUUGCAUUGUUAAGCACAAAUAUUUCUUACAAUCACGCCGUCCAAUUUCAUGCGAGAGAAUAAACGAAGGAAAGAUUAUUUUAUGCGUGACGCUGUUGGGAUGUGAGCAGCGAGAUCUCUAAAAGUAAAAUUGUAAUGUUUAUUUCCGAAAUUUGCCUGUAUGAAUGUAGGUGUCGCUAUAAUCGCCCUCCGAAACUGAACCAUUUGUUCGCAUGCGUUUUUUUCUUUCCAAGGGUUCGGCAUGCAAACUUUUGUUCUGUUUGAUUUUGAAUUUAUUUUUGCAUGCUCGCAAGGAAAUGAGUACAGUUGUAUUCAAUCCAUCUUGAUACCAUCCCAAGAGCUGGUAUCAAGUUUCGCACGUUCAGUUCGUUCUUUGAAAAUAAAUUACGCGUGGUGCAUCUGAAAGCAUUUGUGAGCAUGGUUUUGAAUUUCGUGCGGUAUGAAGAGUUUCUGAAAAAUUUACGUCACUUAUUCGAUCGCGGAUGAGGAAGGUUUUGUCACAUUCAGCAGUUGAUAACUUCGGGAGGGAAGCUCGUGCGUUAUUUUGUUGCUUUGAUUUGAAACGAAAAGAAUACAAUUCUUAUGGAAAUUUUGAAAA